AUGCAAGCCAUGACGCAAACCACAAGGAGAAGCCCCUAGAACCAACUCCACACCGCCUUCCCCAUCCCCCUAUAAAUUACCUGUACUCCUCCCUCCAUCUUCGUUCAUUCCUGAUACUUGAAUUAAUUUGCAGCUUAACUAGUAAUUUGUUAACAAUGGCAGACGAAGGGGUUGUCCUGUUGGAUUUGUGGGUGAGCCCUUUUGCAAUGAGGGUCAGAAUCGCGUUGGGCGAAAAGGGCAUAGAGUAUGAAUCCAGAGAAGAAGAUUUGAGCAACAAGAGCCCUCUGCUUCUCAACGCCAACCCUGUUCACAAGAUGAUCCCUGUUCUGAUCCACAAGGGGAAGCCUGUGUGCGAAUCUCUCAUAAUAGUUCAAUACAUUGACGAGGUGUGGAAUGACAAGACUCCUCUGCUGCCUUCUGAUCCCUACCACAAAGCCCAAUCAAGGUUUUGGGCCGACUUCGUUGACAAAAAGAUAUACCCCAUAGGGCGACGAGUGUGGACGACGACAGGGGAGGACCAAGCGGCUGCAAAGAAAGAGCUGAUAGAGUGCUUCAAGCUGUUGGAAGCAGAGCUUGGGGAAAGAACUUACUUUGGUGGCGAAAAUAUUGGGCUGGUGGACAUAGCUCUGGUGCCCUUUUACAGUUGGUUCUACGUGUUUGAGAGAUUUGGGAACUUCAGCGUGGGAGCAGAGUGCCCAAAGCUCGUGAGAUGGGCCGAGAGUUGCAUGGAAAAGGAGAGCGUAGCCAAAGUCCUGCCUGACAAGUACAGGGUUUACGACUUCAUCGUGGAGCUGAGGAAGAAGCUUGGGGUUGCAUAAUAUAUAUAUACAUAUAACGAAGUAUAGGGUUUAUGUGGAUGGAGGCGGGGUAAUAAAGCUUGUAUGCAUAAGAGGAUUUUGUGCAUCUUUGUUUGUGUUCUACAUUUUCUUUUUAACUUUUUCUUGUUAAAUUCUAUGUAAUAUUGCUCCCUAGGUUGGUUAAUUUCCAAGUAGGGUUUGUGGGUUUUGGUUGUAUACUAGAAAAUAAAUUUAUUAAUCAAUGGCCAUGGUUUGAAGUUUGGUGAUAAGUGGAAGCAAUCAUGUAGGAGUUUAAAUAAGUACAAUUAAGAAUUUGCUUUGAUCAA